AUGAAUUCUGAAACUGUGAGUAACCUUGUUACUACUGGAGCUGGUUCUAAGGCUGCUCCAGUCGAGGCUGAUGAACCUAGUUCGAAAAGGCUGAGAACAGCAACCUCCGAUGUUUGGAAUUUUUUCAAAAAGCUCGGUCCAGAUAAGGAUGGAGUAGAACGUGCUGAGUGUAAAGGAUGCAAGAAGGUGUUUAAAGCUGGAGGUAAGCGAUAUGACACUUCUACUAUAAAACGGCAUCUUGAUAGUUGUACUCAAAUUAAGCAUGAAGAUAUUGGUCAGACUAUAGCAGAAUUGCAACUUAAAAUGGGUUCACUUAAGAUUGAUUCAGGAGUGGCUAGAGAUAUGUUUGCUGGGUAUGUAGUUGCUGGGGAUAAGCCUUUUAAUAUGGUUGAUGAUAGGAGAUUUAGAAAUUGGGUGAAAUAUAUUAGUCAAACUUUGAAACUUCCUUCUAGGAAUACGGUUAAGGCUGACAUAGUGAAAGUUCACAAGAGAGAAGCUGCGAAACUUAAAAAAAAAUUAGUUUCCAUUCCAAAUAGAAUUUGCUUAACAUCUGAUUUUUGGACUUCCAGUACCAAUGAGGGGUUUAUAUAUUUGACUGCACAUUUUGUUGAUGAGAACUGGAAAUUACAGAGUAAAAUUCUCAAUUUUUGUCAUAUGCCUCCUCUUCACACAGGAUUUGAGUUGUCUUCUAAAAUCUUUACGCUUUUGACUGAGUGGAAAAUUGAUAAAAAGAUUUUUUCCAUUACUUUGGAUAAUGCUUCUUCUAAUGAUACUUGUAUUGAACACUUGAAAAGUACUUUGGAUGUGCUUGGUUCAUUGUUGUGUGGUGGUGAAUUCUUUCAUGUUCGUUGCUCUGCUCAUAUUUUAAAUCUUAUUGUCCAAGAUGGAAUGAAUAUAUGUGAUGAUGCAGUGUAUAAGAUUAGAGAGUCUAUUAAGUUUCUGAGAAAAUCUGAAAGUCAAAUGGUUAAGUUUAAAGAAUGUUUUGAAGAUAUUGAGGGACUUGAGUAUACGACUGCAUUAUGUUUAGAUGUUCCUACUAGGUGGAAUUCACUUUAUGCAAUGCUUGCAAGUGCUAUUCCUUAUAAAAAAGCUUUUGAAAUAUAUAAAGUAAAAGAAGUUGGGUUUAGGGAGUAUUGUCCUUCAUCAGAUGAGUGGAGAAGAACUGAAAAGAUAUGUGAUUUCUUGUUACCAUUUUACAAAACUACCAAGUUGAUGUCUGGAACUUCUUACCCAACAUCCAACUUGUAUUUUUUACAAGUUUGGCAAAUCCAGCUUAUUUUAAUGAAUAGUUUGAAGAAUGAUGAAGUGCUUAUAAGGAACAUGGGAGAAAAAAUGAUGAUUAAGUUCAAGAAAUAUUGGGAAGAAUACAGUGUUGUUCUUGCAUUUGGGGCAGUUCUUGAUCCUAGAUUUAAACUCAACACUUUGGUUCAUUGCUAUAAUGAGAUUGAUCCUAUUGGUGCUAAAGACAAAGUGGAGCAUGUGAAGACUUAUUAA